UUUGUUUAUUUUACAUUAUAAGCCUUAAAUCGGAAAAGAAUUUGAACGAUGUUCAAAAACAAAAAAUGAGAACCAAAUCACUCAGGGUGACCAACUGAACGUUGGCAACAACAUACUACCGCGAAAAUUCCCUAACCUCAAUAUUACGACCUCUAUGAUGCACAUCCGGAAUUACCCCGUGACGGAAUUACCACAACUGACAUUAACUUAUCAACUACCGCCUGUAAUGAGCUUGCUGUGUUUAUCAGAGGCAUCGUGUGCCAACCCUUAACCUGUCAGCUGUGAAAGCACUCUCAAAUAUUCCCUCAGUAGUGGCCGCGAUCUCGACGUGUCGUCCAACGAUUUUAUACUGGUAGUUUUAUCAACAUGGCAAAACUGUCGGAUGUAAAAGUGGGUUUCUUCGGAGCUGGCAAUAUGGCCCAAGCCAUAGGACUCGGCUUGAUAAAAUCAGGUGCUCUGGAACCUGCUCAAAUCAUUGUUUUUGCUCCUUCUGAAAGAAACUUCUCACCAUGGAAAGCUGCUAAUGUCGAAACUACUCACAGUAUAA